AUGUCUUCGGAUUAUAACGAACCUAUUAUUCCUGAUGAUGCCGAGUUGGAUGACGAUGUAUCUCAAGGACCCACAAAGAGGAUUCGAAAACUAACUUCGAAGGAAUGGGAUGGCUUUGUCAAAUUUAAAGGACCUAGUGGAAAUGACAUAGCUAGAUGUAAGCAUUGCAAUAGGGAAUUUGUUGCAGAGAGUAGGAAAGGGACUAGUCAUUUAAAAAAUCAUUUGUCGAAGACAUGUCCAGUACUUAAAGGGCCAAAUGCCCCUAGGAAUGCUAGUAAGGCUUCUUCUGAAUCUACUCCUAAGGCUGCAACUUUUAAAUUCGAUCAAGAGAGAAGUCAAAAGGCCAAGUUAUAUCAAUUUUUGGAUGAACUCUCUUCUAAGAUCACCUUGACAACUGAUAUAUGGACUUCAGACCAUCAGAAUUUUGCCUAUACAUGUUUGACUGCCCAUUAUGUGACUAAUGAUUGGGAGUUAAAGAAGAAAAUCCUUGCUUAUAGACGCAUUGAUUACCCACAUGAUGGAGACCAUUUGCUUAGUUUAUCAAAGAUCUAA